AUGCCUGUUUGUAAGGCAGUUGGUAUUGAUAUUGUGCUGCAUAAUAUAGAAAAGGCUGGCAAUGGCUCUCUCUCAAUGGAUCAGAUCUUAAAUUCAGUAUGUGCACAACAUGAAUCCAAUAGUUUUGUUAUUGGGCACAUAGCAAGAGAGAAGCCUGAAGGCAAGGUUCUUGAAGAAUGGUAUCAAAAGCUGCAUGGAUCUAGGUUAAAGCUUUAUGAUGUUUCUUGUGGCAUAUCUGAGCUUCUUUCUGUGAAAGAUGCCUCUGAGAUUAUGUAUGUGAAAAAGGCUGCAUAUUUAACUGCUUCAGUCAUGAAGAAGUAUGUAGUUCCAAAGUUGGAGAAUAUUGUCAUGGACGAAAAGAAGGUUCCACAUUCUAAGCUGAUGGAUCUGACAGAGAAAACAAUACUUUCCCCGACAAAGAUAAAUGUGAAGCUCAAGGCUGGAAAUGUGGACAUUUGUUACCCUCCUAUUUUCCAAAGUGGAGGCAAGUACGACCUUAGGCCUGGUGCUUUAAGCAAUGAUGAUGAUCUGCAUUAUGAUUCUGGAAGCCUUAUUGUGUGUGCGAUGGGGGCUAAGUACAGUGGUUACUGCUCCAAUGUCGCAAGAACCUUCCUGAUUGAUUGUUCUAUGGAAAAAUGCAAUGCGCACAAGGUCCUCCUCAAGGCGCAUGAUGCUGCUAUUGCUGCUUUGGCACCUGGUGGCAAGGCAAGAAUGAGUUACCAAGCUGCAGUUGAUGUGGUCAGAAGGGAAGCUCCUGAUCUUCUCCCCUUUCUUACCAAGUCAGGUGGAACAGGAAUUGGCAUUGAGUUCCGUGAAACUUGGCUCUCCUUGAAUGAGAAAAAUGAUCUGACACUGAGGGAAGGUAUGGAAAGGACAGAAGUAUUGACAGCUUUUGUCUCCAAAGACGAGGAUGAUGCCUUCUACUCAUUUGAUGAGGAAAAGAUAGGAUCACCUUCUUCCAAACCAGCACCAAAAACAGAGCGAAUGGCCCGGCUGAAUGUGAAGCCAGUGCUAAACGAAGAUAUGAUGCUCUCGCUGAAAGACAAUUUGCGAUCAAGUAGCCGGACGCCCAAGGAGGAUCUUAGGCGACAACUUCAGUCAGAAAUUUUACGCAAGAAAACUAAUAAGACAGCAAUGAGAAGUGAUGGUACCAACCAUAAUCUGUUGGAGGGACAUGGCCAGUUCAGAGCUAUGGGUGAACUAGUUGCAUACAAGAGUGCAAGUGACUUUCCCCGUGUUGAUCGGCUGGAGAUACAGGUGGACAAGCAGAAUGAGGCUAUCCUAUUACCAAUAUAUGGAUUUAUGGUCCCCUUCCAUGUGUGUACUGUGAAAAAAGCAGAAAUUCGUGGGGACAGUAAGAGAAGUGUUUAUGUUUCCAUUACAUUUAAUGUCCCAAACACUGUUUCCAGUCUCAAAGAUUCAGGCUUGCAGGCAAAUAUAAGGUUUCUUUUCUUGAAAGCAGUCACCUUCUUUUCAAGGGACAGAAGGCAUGCUGAAGAGGUGGUUCAAUGA